AUGACAGGCUAUGAUCUCCAGGACCAGCCCGUAGCCUUCCCCCCCCCCUCUCCACCCCAGCGGCUAUUGAAUGGGCCCGGGGCUUUGAAUUCGGGCGGCGGGAUGAUCCCGCUUUGCACGGCCCUGGCGGUAGUUGAAACCCUGUGGAACCAUGUCGGCGCUAACACGCUCGCCGCCGGGCAGGGCGGGCGGGCUACCGGGCGCAACGCCCCCAACCUGAAACAAACCACAUGGCUGGGAGAGCGAACAGAAUCAUUUGGAGACGAUGGGCUCUGA